AGCAUAUUUCAUUUCUUUCACAACUGAAUGAUAAAAGUCUAAAAGCUUUGUUUCAACAAAUUUUAGUCAACAAAUAACUUCAACCACGGAAAAUUAAUUCAUUGACCGACUUUCAUAUCCAAAGCUUCAAUCAUCCACUACUUAAUAACCUGUUCUUGUUCCAAGACAGAGAUCAAUAUAUCAGAAUGACAAUUGUUUCUAGCAAGCUAUUAUUUUCCUUUUACUCUUUUCUCCUUUUUAUUAUCAUUAUCGUAUCUCAAGCCCAGGGCCAACCAGAUUUUGUGCGCUACUCUUGUUUAAACAAUAAUGGCAACUACACAGCCAAUAGCACCUAUCAAAACAACCUCAACACCCUUUUAUCCAAUCUCACUUCCAACACUCAAAUCAACUACGGGUUCUACAAUUUCUCUUAUGGCCAAAACACCGACAAAGUAAACGCCAUUGGACUCUGCAGAGGAGAUGUUAAACCUGAUGUUUGCCGCAGUCGUCUCAAUGAUUCAAGAGUUCUUCUCACAAAACUUUGUCCAAACCAAAAAGAAGCAAUUGGUUGGUAUGAGGACUACAUGUUGCGUUACUCAAACCAAUCAAUAUUUGGCAUUCUUGAAUGGUCACCAAAGUUUUAUAUGUCGAACCCGAACAAUGUAACCGAGGUGGAUCCAUUUAAUCGAGUUCUUGGAAACUUGAUGAGGAAACUGAGAGAAAUAGCUGCAUCAAGUGAUUCUCGUCUUAAGUUUGCUGCGGAUAAUGCAACUGAUGUGAAUUUGAAUUUUCAAACCAUAUAUGGUCUUGUGCAGUGUACACCUGAUUUGUCAGAGCAAGAUUGCAAUGAUUGUUUAGAGUUUGCUAUAUCAGAAAUUCCAAUUUACUGUUAUAACAAGAUUGGUUGUAGAGUUGUCAAACCAAGUUGUAAUAUUAGAUAUGAAGUCUAUCGCUUCUCUGAUCCUACAACAGUAAUAAACCAAGAUGAACACUCCCCAUCAGAAGAAGAAAAAAGCAAAUCAUCACAUACUACCGUCGCCAUAGUUGUGCCAACUGCUGUUGUUGUUGCUGCCCUGCUAAUUUUCAUUUGCAUAUGCUUAAGGAAAAGGAAGGCAGCGACGAUAAAUCUUGGAGAAAUAGAAGAAAAUGAUAAUGAUGAUAUUGAAAUCGCUGAGUCAUUUCUAUUCAACUUCGAGACAUUACGAGUUGCUACAGGGAACUUUUCUGAAGCUAAUAAACUUGGACAUGGCGGAUUUGGAGUUGUUUAUCAGGGUAUACUUGCCGGUGGACAAGUCAUUGCAGUCAAAAGGUUGUCAACAAAUUCAGGACAAGGGGAUAUUGAAUUUAAGAAUGAAGUGCUUUUAGUCGCUAAGCUUCAACAUCGAAAUUUAGUUAGACUACUUGGUUUUUGUCUAGAAGGAAGAGAAAGAUUGCUUAUCUAUGAAUUUGUUCCGAAUAAAAGUCUUGAUUAUUUUAUAUUUGAUCCAAUAAAAAAAGCAUGUUUGGAUUGGGAAAGGCGCUACAAAAUCAUUGGAGGUAUAGCUAGAGGCCUUCUUUACCUUCAUGAGGAUUCUCAACUUCGUAUUAUACAUCGUGAUCUUAAAGCAAGUAACAUUCUCUUGGAUGAAAAGUUGAAUCCUAAAAUAUCAGACUUUGGCAUAGCCAGACUACUUCUUAUCGAUCAAACUCAAGUAAAUACAAAUAAAAUCGUUGGAACAUAUGGAUAUAUGGCUCCCGAGUAUGUAAGGUUUGGAGAAUUUUCGGUAAAAUCAGAUGUUUUUAGUUUUGGAGUAUUAGUUUUGGAGAUUAUAAGUGGCCAGAAAGCUUGUCCCGUUCUUCGUGGGCGGAGUUCGGAGGAUUUACUUGGCUUUGCAUGGAGGAGUUGGAGGGAGGGUACAAUCACAAAUAUAAUAGAUCCAUCAUUAAGCAAUGGUUCACAAAAUGAAAUAAUGAGAUGCAUUCACAUUGCUUUACUAUGUGUUCAAGAAAAUUUGGUUGAAAGACCAACUAUGGCAACCGUUGCACUCAUGCUUAGUAGUUAUUCUUUAUCUCUCUCUGUACCUUUGGAGCCUGCAUCUUUUGUGCUUGGCAGAACUAGAAGCCUUCCAGUUCGAGACAUGCAAUUUGAGGGAGAAUCAAGAAACCAUGCUUCAAUUACUGACCCAUACCCUCGAUAGAUUUCAUUCAUAAGGGUGAUGUGGUGGAUUAACGAAAGUCAUGCAUGUAUUUUUAAACUCAUUAAUUAAAGUGACAUUUGAUGAUUGUGUAAAAUAUUCCAUUCGGUAUAAUUAUAUAUAAGAAAAUAUUCAUUUUUUAUGCUCAUUGAAUAAUUAAUGUAUUUGAUUUACAAUGAAGACUAAAUAUAUUAAUUAUUCAAUAAAUAAAAAAAGAAUAUUUUUUUAUAUAUGAGAUCGAAGUGAGUAUUUGUAUAUGUUGAUUGUGUAAAUACAUGUAUCCCUGUGAGUUGUAACCUCAACAUCAUUUUAACUUGUAACUUCACUCAUGUAAUUUGCAAAAAUAUAUUUGCAGAGGUAUAUAUACACAAUUGAUCAAA